AUGGCGUCCGCAACGGCCUCCAAGGAAAAGUACUCGGUCAUCCUGCCGACGUACAAUGAGAGGCGGAACCUGCCCAUCAUGACGUGGCUCCUGAACCGCACCUUUACCGAAAACAACCUCGAGUGGGAACUCAUCAUCGUCGACGACGGCUCGCCCGACGGCACGCAAGAGGUUGCCCAGCAGCUCGUCAAGGCCUACGCGCCGCACGUGGUGCUCAAGUCGCGCGCCGGCAAGCUCGGCCUCGGCACCGCCUACGUCCACGGCCUGCAGUUCGCCACGGGCAGCUUCGUCAUCAUCAUGGACGCCGACUUCAGCCACCACCCCAAGUUCAUCCCCCGCAUGAUCGCCCUGCAGCAGGCCGGCGCCUACGACAUCGUCACCGGCACUCGCUACGCCGGCGACGGCGGCGUCUUUGGCUGGGACCUCAAGCGCAAGUUUGUCAGCCGCGGCGCCAACCUCUUUGCCGACACGGUCCUGCGUCCCGGCGUCAGCGACGUCACCGGCUCCUUUCGCCUCUACAAGCGCGCCGUGCUGGAAAAGGUCAUUGCCAGCACCGAGAGCAAGGGCUACACCUUCCAGAUGGAGAUGAUUGUCCGCGCAAAGGCCAUGGGCUGCACCGUCGCAGAGGUGCCCAUUUCCUUUGUCGACCGCCUCUACGGCGAGAGCAAGCUGGGCGGCGACGAGAUUGUCGAGUACGCAAAGGGCGUCUUUUCUCUGUGGCUCAAGGUGUGA